AUGGCGAGCAGCGCGCGUAUGUCAGCAGCCGGCGACGAGCUCGUCCAGAGCGUGAGUCUGCACAACCCACGCAAACUCGUUUUCAACGGCUACGUGCUGCCCUUCGUUCUUACCGAGUUUCUCUGGAUCUACGCCUGGAUCUUUGUUUACGGCCUCGAAGACUACUACGAGCCCGGCCUCGCCGGUAUCGUCUUCAUCGCUGUGCUCCAGAUCUUCGUCUGUCUCUGUUGCCAGUGGUCCGUUCACGUGCACACCUUCCUCAACUGCAGCUCUACCAAUGAUCCCUACACUGCAGCACUUGCCAAGGUUGUGCCUAUGCCGAACAAUGGCAGCACAGAGCUUGUCAGGAUACAGAGGAACAACAGUCACGAGCCCUGGUUCAUCUUUCAGAAAACCAAGUAUAUAUGGGACCCCGACAAAAAGGAGUUUUGUGGCCUUAUGUUUCCGGUUAAUAAUUCGGUGGGAUAUUACCUACAGUGGAAGGGAUACGCAGAUGAUAAGGAAAUCAAAGAUGCAGAACAGAAAUACGGUACCAACAAUCUUGACAUGGUGGUUCCUGAGUUUUGGGAGCUUUUUAAGGAACGAGCGAUCGCACCCUUCUUUGUAUUUCAAGUUUUUUGUAUGGCUCUUUGGUGUCUAGAUAGAUAUUGGUACUAUAGCAUUUUCACUCUUGUUAUGUUGGUCUUGUUUGAGUGUACAUUGGUUCAACAGCAGCUUAAAAAUAUGGCUGAAAUCAGGAAAAUGGGAAACAAACCAUACAUGAUAAUGGUUUAUAGAUGCAGACAUUGGAAAUUAGUAUUCAGCGAUCAACUAGUUCCUGGUGACAUUGUUUCUAUAACAAGGUCCCAGCAUGAUAAUCUUGUUCCCUGCGAUAUGCUUCUUUUGAGUGGAUCAUGCAUCGUAGAUGAAAGCAUGUUAACAGGUGAAUCUGUGCCACAAAUGAAAGAACCAAUAAAAUCUGAGUUGAAGGAUCUUGAUGGAAGUAGAGUUAUAGACAUUCAAGGAGAUGAGAAACUUCAUGUACUCUAUGGUGGUACUAAAGUAGUUCAACACACAUCUCCAACGAAAUAUUUUUCGGGACCGAAAGCAAAUGACAAUGGCUGUGUUGCAUAUGUACUGAGAACAGGUUUUUCUACGUCUCAAGGAAAGCUCUUGAGAACUAUUCUUUUUGGUGUUAAACGAGUAACGGCUAAUAAUUUAGAAACUUUUGGAUUUAUCUUGUUCCUUCUUAUUUUUGCCAUUGCUGCAGCUGCAUACGUAUGGGUCAAAGGAAGCGAAGAUCCAAAUAGGAAUAAAUACAAAUUGUUUUUGGAAUGUACAUUAAUUUUGACGUCAGUUGUACCACCUGAGUUGCCAAUAGAAUUGUCACUGGCAGUAAACACUUCACUUUUGGCAUUGUCAAAGUUAGGAGUAUUUUGCACAGAACCAUUUAGAAUCCCUUUCGCUGGAAAAAUUGAAAUUUGCUGCUUCGAUAAGACUGGUACUUUGACUAGUGAUAAUUUAGUUGUCGAGGGUGUAGCUGGUGUCAAUGGUAACUCGGACGUGGUACAGUUAACAGAAGCACCACUAAAAAGUGUUCAAGUGUUAGCAACUUGUCACUCAUUAGUACAGUUAGAAAACAACAAUAUUGUUGGAGAUCCUUUAGAAAAAGCAACAUUAAAAGCAGUUAAUUGGAAUCUUACAAAAAGUGAUGCUGUUGUACCAGUAAAACGUAAAUCGCCGGGUUUCAAAAUUUUCCAAAGGUAUCAUUUCUCAUCGUCUUUAAAAAGAAUGUCAGUAGUUGCUGGCUACAAUUCUGGUACAUCAUUGAACAAGACAUUAAUAGUCAGCGUUAAAGGUGCUCCUGAAACAUUGAAAGACAUGUUCUCCUCUGUGCCGGACAAUUACGACGAGAUGUAUUUAACUUUGGCUCGUCGAGGUGCCAGGGUUCUCGCUUUAGGAUACCGCGAACUCCCAAGUUCAAUGACAGUAGCAGGCCUGCGAGACUGUACUCGCGAUGAUCUCGAACGUGAACUUGAAUUCGUUGGUUUUGUUAUCAUCAGCUGUCCGCUCAAAACUGACUCAAAGAUCGUCAUUAGAGAAAUUCUUAAUGCCUCGCAUUCUGUUGUAAUGAUAACUGGCGACAAUCCACUGACAGCCUGUCACGUUGCACGUGAGCUACACUUUACAAAAAAAAGUGUAGUGUUAAUUUUUACCUACUUGAAAGGCCAGUGGGUUUGGCAGAGUGUUGAUGAAACAUUGCAAAUUCCGUUGGAAGAUGCAAAGAAAAAGAAAAUCUGGCAAGAAUAUGCUUUAUGCAUUACUGGAGAGGGCUUCAGUUACUUGAGAGAUAAUGAAAAGAGCUACCUUUACAAAAUAAUAUCACACGUGGUUAUUUUCGCUAGAUGCGCUCCAAAACAAAAGGAAUACAUAAUCACGGCCUUGCAACAUGUAGGAUUUGUUACCCUUAUGUGUGGCGAUGGAACUAAUGAUGUAGGAGCAUUAAAACACGCCCAAGUUGGAGUUGCAAUUCUUUCCAGUCCACCAAAACGCGAAGCGCUACCAAGUUCCACUCCUCCAACUGAGUCGCCUGUACCAAUAAAUAAUAUUGCUAGGUUGAAUCCUCGUCAGCAACAAUUAAACAGAACUAGAAGCAAAAUCGAAAAGUUAAUGAAAGAUCUUGAAGAGCAAGAAGAAUCUGUUGUUGUAAAACUUGGCGAUGCAUCAAUUGCUGCACCAUUCACUAGCAAAUUUUCUUCUAUUCAAUGCAUUUGCCAUAUUAUCAAGCAAGGACGCUGUACGCUUGUUACUACUCUUCAGAUGUUCAAAAUUUUGGCGUUGAAUGCCUUGAUCUUAGCGUACAGUCAAUCCGUCCUUUAUUUGGACAAUAUUAAAUUGAGCGAUGCACAAGCAACAUUGCAGGGCAUUUUACUUGCCAUUUGCUUCUUAUUUAUAUCGCGCUCUAAACCUCUAAAAUCACUGUCUAAACAGCGACCACUGCCAAAUAUUUUUAAUCUAUACACCGUAUUAACGGUCCUACUUCAAUUUGCUGUACAUUUUUGCUGCUUAAUUUUCCUUGUCAGAGAAGCUGUUGCUCGUUCUCCCAAAGAUGACAAACUAUCUGAAAUUUUGUCUACAAAAUCAAAUACAACAACAAGUAUAUCUGACUCGGAUAGUGAAGAUGAGCCUUUUGAAAUGAAUCUUAUAAAUAGUACAGUUUAUAUAAUUUCCAUGACUCUUCAAGUUUCAACAUUUGCAAUUAAUUACAGGGGACGACCAUUUAUGGAGAGUUUAUUGGAGAACAAACUACUGUUAUACUGUUUAGCGGGUAGUACAGCAGUCAUUUUCGCGCUGGCUUUGGGAGUGGUACCAGACAUUGCCUUGCAGUUUGAAAUCGUUGAUUUUCCAAGCGAUUUUCGAACUAUCCUAGUCCAAGUACUAGUCGCCGAUUUUGUGUUGGCAUUUUUAGUAGAUAGGACUUGUCGAUGGUUGUUUGGCGAAGGAAAACAUCGAAAACUGUGAUUAGUCUAUAAUCGAGGCAUUUAAAGAACUGUGUUGUAUUAUUAAGUGCAAGUGCAAAUAUAUUAAUGACUAUUGUCUGGAAUAGAUAGCUUCUAAAUGGUGAAUCAACACCGAAGAGUAAGUGAUUUGAUGUGCCGAUUCUUUGAAAAUAAGUCUGGUACAUUUAAAUAUAUAGGUAAUUAUAGAAAAGUGUAUGUUUGGAUCAAUUUUAUGCAAACAGUGUAUGAAUGAUCAGAAAAUUAUACAUUCCGCAAAAGAAUGAUUAAUCAGAAUUUUUUGUGCGGUGUUAUUUUGUACACAGCAGCCAGAGGCGUAUACAAAAAUGGGAAGGUGUAAUAAAUUUUUCAUAGACUAUUAAUGAUAAAUUUAAUUUUCUUUUAAACAUGUUAUAUAGUAAUAGUAAACUUAUGUUUUCUCAUUAAUGUAUGUAUGUGCUUUCACUUGUGCUUUAUAAAAUAUGUUGACUGCAAAAUAACAUCUUCUCUUUGGAGUGAAGUAUGAUUUUCAAGACAUAAUAUCCUUAAGGUAUAUUAUUAAUUCUUUUGAUAAUAUUUUAUACUUGUUUAUUGUGCCAACGUUGAAAAAAAAAACGUA